CUUCUCUUAUCGUCCUUUACAGCCUUGACGGCUCAUUUACACAUCUUUUGUAGGCUGGGCCAUACAUUCUUUCUGCUCCAAUCUUCACCACUACACUAUCAUCAAAAUGGCACGCACUUUCGCCGUCUUGUCCGCGCUCUUUGCGCUUCGUGCUGCGGCUCAAACGUCUUCAGUGUAUACAGAUGAAAAAACCAACAUCACAUUCAACGGCCUGAGGCACACAUCAGGUUACACACUGGGUUUUGCGCUGCCUGAAAACCCCACUACAGACUUCAUCGCCCAGAUUCAGGCGCCUAUUACCAAUGGAGCUGGCUGGGCUGGUUUCAGCAUGGGUCAGUCCAUGGCUGGCAACCUUUUGGUCGUUGCAUGGCCCAACGAGGGCGAGAUCGUGUCGUCCUUCAGGGAGGCAACCGGCUACACCAAUCCCGCUGUAACGACUGGUGACUUCAAGAUGACUCCUAUUCCGGAGGGCACAUACGUGAACGACACCGCCUUCUCAUACACGUUCCUCUGCUCCAACUGCAUCAGCGAUGACGUGACAAAGGGCCUGGUCAUCUACGAAGCCCCAAGCAACAAUAUUGUGGGAUGGGCCUACUCAGCCGAUGCUCUUACCGACUCGACCAGUGCUUCUGCUACCCUGAACUACCACAGCGGCGGAUUCGGUGCAUUCGGUUGCCCUAUGGCCAACGCUACGAGUGCUGAUUACGAGACGUGGGCUGCUCUUGCUGUUGCUGGAUCCGACUCAGGCUCAGGUAACUCCACCACGCCCGUUGGAGGCAGCAACUCGACUACUCCUGUCACUACCCCUAUCAGCGCGAACUCGACAGCUACUGUUGCCAACGAGACUUACGACUACAUUGUGGCCGGUGCUGGUGCAGCUGGUAUUGUCGUUGCCGAAAGGCUUGCUGAGAGCGGCGCCUCGGUUCUUUUGAUUGAGCGCGGUGGUCCUUCGUACGCCUCCACUGGCAACACUGACACUUUGUCAUGGAACGACACCAUGACCAUGUACGACGUCCCUGGAUAUGGCUACUACCUUAGCACUGUCGGUAGCCCUGCGUACUGCACCGACACUGCCGACAUGGCAGGUUGCUUGGUCGGUGGUGGCACCGCGGUGAACGCUUUGAUGUUUGUCAAGCCGCAAGCUAAGGACUUUGACGACAAGUGGCCCGAGAGCUGGAAAUCGACUGACAUGUCAGCCGCUGCGGACCGCGUUUGGGAGCGCAACCCUGGUCAAACUUACGGCUCUGAGGAUGGUGAACGCUACAACGACCAGGCUUACGACGUUUUGUCGCAGUUCUUCAAGGGUCAAGGAUGGGCAGAGACCGACUUCAUUAAAGAUCCUAACUCCAAGGUCAAUGUCUUUGGGCACUCGCCCUGGAACGUGGCCGAUGGCCUGCGCUCUGGUGUUGUCAGGACCUAUCUCCCUCUGGCCCAGGACCUUUCCAACUUCAAAUUGAUGACGAACACGAACGUCGUCCGCACUGUUCGCGAAGGCUCGUCCGCCACUGGUGUCGAGAUUGAGACCGCCGAUGGUAAACGUAUGAUCUACAAUGUCAAGACCGGCGGUAACGUCAUCCUCGCUGCGGGUGCCAUGUCUACUCCUCGCAUUUUGUUCAACUCCGGUAUCGGCCCAUCCGAGCAGCUCAAGAUUGUUGCUUCUGGUUCCAGCGGCGUAACUCUUCCUGACGAGGCUGACUGGAUCGAUCUCCCUGUUGGCGCUGAGAUCAAGGACCACCCCAUCUUCACAAUCAAGUUCACCACCAGCACGCCCAUGUUCGCCGAUGCUACAACUGCAUGGACAUCGCCAAACCAGACCACUGUUGACCUUUUCGCCAAAAACUCUGGUAUCCUCGCACAGUCCGGCCAACGUUUGAACUGGUGGUCUUCAGUCAACACCACAGCUGGCAACGAGGUUUUCUUCCAGGGAACCUGCAACGGUCCUUCCAACAACACUAUCCAGAUGAAGGUCUACAUGACUCACGGUGCGUCUUCAGUUGGUAGCCUUGGUAUCACCGCCGAUGGCGCCACGACCUUCAUCACCAAUCCUCUCAUGAACUCGGACGAUGACACUGAAGCUAUAACCCUGAUGUUGGAACGUCUUCUCAAGAUGACUAGCGGUAGCAACUCUACUUUGACCAUCGUUGCCGGUACCGGCGUCACCAACGUCACCGCUGCAGACUUGAUCAAGGAAUACAAGUCCGGCAGCCACUACGUUGGUACUGCUAAGAUGGGCACCAAGGGCGAGGCCGGCGUUGUUGUUGAUACCGACACCAAGGUUUACGGCACCGACAACUUGUUCGUCGUUGAUGCCUCGAUGCACCCUGAUCUGCCUACUGGUAACACCCAGGCCAUUAUCAUGGUCGCUGCCGAGGCUGCCGCUGCUCGCAUCCUCGCUCUCGGUAGCAGCUCUGGAACUACGCCUUCAGUUCCUGCUGCUAGCAGCGUUGCCCCCAUCGUGAGCAGCGCCGCUUCCGAGCCUUCCAGCGUUGUUCCUGAAGCCACCGGUGUUUCUUCUGCUACCAGCGCUGCCGCUAUCUCAAGCGUUGCAGCCUCAUCAGCCGCACCCGUCGCUUCUUCCAGCAGCGUCGUCUCGCUCGCUGCUUCCAGCGCUUCGCCCAGCCGCACCGCAUCCCCCGUCGUCCCAAGUGCCUCUCAUGUUGCGACCGCGUCGUCUAAACCUGUUGCGUCUCGUCCCACUCCCACUUCUGCUAAGUCUUCUGCUGCCGCAAAGCCCACAUCUUCGGCUGCUGCUGCCGCCGCCACAGCAUACGCCCAGUGCGGUGGCAAGACCUGGACUGGUGCCACUACGUGUGUGGAGGGCUGGUCCUGCACCAAGCAGAACGACUAUUAUUCGCAGUGCACUCGCAGCAGCUCUCGCCGCUCGGCACCUGUUAAAAGACGUGCUAGCAGGCACGCAGCAGUCAAGGAGGUCAGCUACUAGGACAGCUACGAAUUCUGAAAAGUUGCACGAAAGAGUUUAGCAAUACAUAAGGUGCAUGGUGGUUGUUAGCGUAUAUAGCAUUUUUCUUUCUUUUACUUCUUUUUGUCAAUAACAUUCUUGCUCUUUGAUCUCGAUUGCGUGUCACGAUCCUCCGCCGUGAUUGUCGAGUAGUUGAAAUUCUGACUUUAC